UCAUUUAGGGGUGGGAAUACAAAACAGUCAGAAGUUAUUUUGUCUUCUUUUCUGUGCUUGCGCGCCUUCAAUGAGUUGAAUUCAUUCAUAGUAGGACUCAGAAUGGAGGAGGCUUUGCAACAAGAGAAACAAGAGUCGGAAUAUAAAAAUCCCAAUGAGGACCAAGGUGGGAUCCGUCGCCGACUGCGAGACAGGGAUCUUCUCAGGAAGAGAAAGGCCGAAGCAGAGGAGAAGGAAACUAACCAGUGGGUUUUUGGGAUGGAGAGCCAGAGGAAAAGAUCAAGGACCGAUGAGAAGAGUGGCGCAAAGAAGAGAGGGAGGCCCAGGAAGACUGAUCCCACGCCGGAGAUAUCUGUCAUUCAGGAAGAGGCAGCAGUUGCUCAGGAAGGUCCUGCAGUAGUGGUGGUGCCUGAACCUGUGGGGAUCAUCUCAGGUCAAACAUCAGGCUCUCUGACCCCCUUACUUGUUGUGGGCAGCGAAACACUGGAGUCACAACCAGCACCUGUCCUUGCUGCCCCUACUUCUUUGCCCGUGUUUGGAUCUGCCCAAAGCUCUUUGUUUGGUCCUGUUCUGACUUCUCUAGAUCCAGUCAACCAGACUCCAGCUCUGGUUUCACCCUCAGUUCCUGCUCCAUCUCCCGCUGUUGUUGUAGAUACGGCUCCAAUCCCCGUCCAAGGUUCAGCUCCAGCUCCAGAUGCUAUUCCGGUCCCAGCUCUGUCCCAAGUCCCCGUUCCAGCUGCAGCUCCGGCUCCUCCCCAGGUUGAGACCCUCUACAAGGAGUCACAAGGCAGGGAGGCCCUAGACCAGGUCCUGAUUGAGGACUUGGGCCCAGAUGAGGAGGAAGACAUCAAUCCAUUGCAAGACCAAAGAGCCGAUGAAGAUUUGAGUGAGACACCAUCGGUCAGCGUACCCGAACAAAACAAAAUGUUCUCAAUUCCAACUUUGUCCUCUCCGCCGUUGCCACAGGAAUAUCUCCCAGGAAAUCAAUUCUAAUUUCUUCAAAUAUACUUUUCAGAUACUGCCUCAGUUAAGAACAUGCAAAGCCAGACUACUUCCCAUUCUGUCACAGUUUGUAUCUGAGUAUUAUUUUGGUUAGUGUGCCGCCUGAUGAGCGUUGAGCGUAUGCAUUGCUUAUUUGAAAAAGUGUAUGAAUUCAAACCAAACUUGUAUGCUUAUUUAUUCUUGGUUUGUGCUUCACUGCGAAGUUCAUGAAUUCUAUUUUGUACUUUGCAUUUAGUCAACAGCAAAUUUAGCCUGUUUAUAUUUAAAAGUAAAUGGUAUGAAUCACUGGUAAUGAUGUAUUUGUAAUUGUGGAUUUAUUUGAUUGAAUUUUGUAAAAGUUGUUUUUCACCGAAUACAAUACACUGCUUACAUCAUCUGACUGGUCGUUAUUAUCCAUCUCAUCCAGAGCCACACAUCUCAGUGUAUAAAUGGUAAAUGUGACGAAUAUAUGUGAUGAAUGAUCAAUUGAUUUUAUCCUUUUAUUCGCCAUGUUACAAAAUUUGUUAAGACCACAGGUUCUUCUUGUGUUUUUUGUACAGGCAGAAAUGAGCUGAAACUGUGAUUUUUUUUGUUCUUUUUCUGAGGAUGUCCUGUUGUUAACAUCCAGAAUUUGUCUAUGUUUUUACUCACAUGGGGAAAUUAGCAGGAAUGAUAAGGAUGAAUUCUACCUGAUGGAUUUAAACAUAUUUACAGCCAAAUUUUACUCUGAAUGUAAACACACCAACAAUAAAACUUUAUCUGCUCUGCUUA